UAUAUACAUAUAUACAUAUAUACAUACACGAAUAUAUUGUUUACAUAUACACAUAAUUAAAAGGCCAUGGAAAAAGGAAACCAAAUGGCUCCACCACACGGCCUAACUCCGGAGGAAUACGCCGAGCUGGAACCCAUGAUUACGACUUACCACAACUUCUAUCCGACGUCGUUUCCGGCCAACAGAUGCACGUCCCUGAUAACCCAACGGAUCGAGGCCCCAGCCCAGGCGGUGUGGGCCCUGGUCCGCAGCUUCGACAGCCCACAAAAGUACAAGCACUUCAUAAAGAGCUGCAACAUGAGGAGCAAUAAUAACGGCGCCGCCGCCGCCAUCGCGGUGGGGAGCGUGAGGGAGGUGACUGUCGUGUCGGGGCUGCCGGCGUCGACGAGCGUGGAGAGGCUGGAGAUUUUGGACGACGAGAGGCACGUUCUCAGCUUCAGAGUCGUCGGCGGCGAGCACCGGCUCAACAACUACCGGUCGGUGACGUCGGUCAACGAGUUCGUCGGCGGCGAAGGGAACGUAUAUACGGUGGUUUUGGAGUCGUACGUCGUCGACAUACCGGAGGGGAACACCGGCGAGGACACGAAGAUGUUCGCCGAUACCGUCGUCAAGUUGAACCUCCAGAAACUCGCCGUCGUCGCCGCCGCUUCUUUGCAUGGACAUGAUUAGUUCCUUUGUUUCAGUCGACGUCAUUUUGCCUGUUUGAAUUUUUCGAUGGUAAUAGUUAUCGUUUAGAUUUUGUUUCUCUCCGCUUUUUAAAUCAAGAAAAAUACUUAUAUAUAUAUCUGUUAGUUGGAUUGUUGAAUUUGUAUAUUUUAAUUCGGGUUGGUUGGAGAAUGGAGAGGUUUAUUUUAUUUUA